UAAAUGCUAUCACUAGCUCAUUAUCCCGGAGGGUGAAGUUCUAGCUGUUCAUGAUUCAUGCGUCAUCUUAGGCCUUUUGAACAGCAUGGCUAAAAAAAGGUGUUCCCAACCUUUGGACUGAGGAUAUAAAAUUGGAUUUUCCGUUCCAGUAGCUCAUAAUCAGUGACUUAAAACCUACCUGAGCACACUUCCCGUCUAAUCGUACAGGUGCAGCUGGACUUUGCACCAGGGUUUUUGCUAAACGAAAAAAUUCGGCAAAUUUGUGAAUUUUCUUCUGGUGUGGGUAUAUAAAUGGUGGUUUGCCGGGAUUAAUAAUGGAAUAUUAAGGUUGGAACUAUACAGACAUUCUCAGGUGCGUGACAUCAGAAAGGAAAAAUGUUUAUGAACAGCAACGCCCCACUCUCCUCUGCAAGAGGUUUCUCAUCAGAGGCAUCCUCUCAGAGGUCCGAUAUGUCUCGACCCAGUGCAAAAUCCAUCUAUAUGCAAAGGAAGGAAUAUUUGGAGGCCGUAAACAAACAAGGAGAUGCCUUUCAGUACAGAGUGGAGCACUUGUUUACAUGUGAGGUAAAUGGGAGGGAGGUGAGCAGCACUGAUGACUCCGUGGCCAAGCUGAAGAGUUUGGAGAGCCGAGGGAAAGUGUGGGGUCAGGAUAUGAUCCUGCAGGUGCAGGGUGGCCACUUACAGCUGUGUGACGUCGAAACAAAGGAGGUUCUGGACUCAUUUCCUCUUGGCAGCAUCUCACAGACGAAAGCAAUCCUGGACAGCUGCAUGUAUGACUCCCUCUUGAUGGUCACCACUCAGGACAACAGCCGGAGGGCUCCAAAUGUUUUCUUGUUCCAGUGUGAGGAAACUGGAGCAGAGGAAGUGAAAGCUGAUUUAGACAGAGAGAUCCAGAACAAGGAUGAAGGGCCGGGAUUUCCACCAAGUGAACCACCAUUUGACAUCAGGAGUAAUCUGGAGAACAUAAUAAGUCAAGGUUAUUCGGGGGGUUUCCGCAGACCUGGCCCCCCUCCAGUGCACUCCACACCCCCUCCACCUGAAUAUCCUCCUCCUCAGUCCAGCAUCUACCACGACUAUGAUGAUCACCAGCCUCCAAUGUUUCCACCCAGAGAGGAGAGCUAUCUCAGUCCAGACAUGCCUGAACGACAAAACCACACAAAUCAGCAGCCUCUUCCCCCCCAGUUAGACAUCGACAGGAGUGUGGAAAUCCUUAAUCAUGUUUUGGCUGACAUUGAGUUCUUUAUUGGGAAAGUUGGAGAAGCUUUAGCACAAGAGGAUGGAAAGAAGAAAAAGAAAAAGAAAAAGAAAGGCAAAAGCACAAUAAUAUAUGGUGAAAACUUUCCCUCUAUAGAGGAAUUUGUGGCCUGUCUUCAAAAAAUUAAAUAUGGCUUUAAUCUCCUUGGGAAACUUAAUGGACACUUAACUAAUCCUGAUGCUCCUGCCUUUAUCCACAGUCUUUUCUCCUCCCUUAAUUUUCUGGUGGUGCAGUAUCCUCCUGAGGUGGCUCCUUCAGUUUUGAGUCCCCUUCUCACAGAACAAGCUCUGCAGCUCCUCAGCCAGGUGGUGACUCCAGAGGAGGAUCAGCUCUGGAACAGUUUAGGAGAUGCCUGGAAUUUUCCCAGAUCAAACUGGCCGAAUGCAGAUCAGAUACCACCAUAUGUUCCACAGUUUUAUGAUGGCUUCCAGCUGCCUGCACCGGUCCCUCCCCAGUCAGGACACAUGAACCAUCCUCUGUCACGGAGCAACAGUCCGAGAUUUCCAGCUGAGAAUGACAUGCAACCACGACCUGGACAGGAUAACAGGCCUUUUGGCGCUCCGCCUGAACGCUCAGGAGAACCUCCGCUCUACAUGCGAGUGGUCUACGAUUUCACAGCCAGAAACCGUCAGGAGCUGAGUGUGAUGAAAGGUGAUGUGGUGCAGGUGGUAGACAAGUCCAGGCAAUGGUGGAUAGUGCAAAACAAUCGGGACGAGGAGGGUCAUGUGCCUCCAAAUGUUCUAGAGCCCAUGAAUGCACAAGAGCCAGCAAGAAUGAAUCGACCUCCAAAUCUCGACAUGAAAUCCAGCCCAGAGGAAGUCAGGACCUGGUUACAGUACAAGGGCUUUUCCAACUCGACAAUACGAAACCUGGGUAUGAUGAAUGGAGCAUUGCUUUUGGGCAUGAGGCGUGAUGAUAUACGAGCUGUGUGCCCUGAAGAAGGAGGUCGUGUUUUCUUCCAACUGCAGGCUGUUAAAUCAUCUAUGGCACUUGCUAGUGAAGCAGAAUAUAACCACUACAAUGGCCGCUAAACCUGACAUCAUGGGCUUUGGUGAGGGGGCAGAUGGCGGUUGACGGAGUCGCUCAAGAGAACUGCACAGUGAUUAUAUGCUGGCCUUGCCAUCAUUUGUUGGUUCAUGAAACCAAGUUUAUGAUCUGAACAUAAAUAUCAAAUGAAGUUAUACUCCCAAUACAAUUUUAAAUUGGUGGUGAAAAUCUGAUGUUUCAUGUGAUGCCUUUCUUGAUCCUGUGUUUAUCCUAUUUAUCUAACAUUUGUGUCAGAAGAAUGAGUCUAAAUUUUAAUAUGAAGUUAAUAGUGAAAGUAUAUAUGAUUAAAACAUUAAAAAAUUCAUAUUUACAGUCAGAUGUUUUCAGUCUUUGAUCCAGUUAAAAAUAUCAGCAAUAACCAGAAACUAUUCCAAAGACACAUUAUUAUGUUUAUAUUAUGAUUAUUAUUAUGAUUACAGCAUUAACUCUCCAUAUUGCUUGUGUAUCUUUGUAUAUACAUUCCUCUUUACUUUACAGACCGGAAUUUUCAUGCAAGAGUGUAGGUCAUGUGUCAUCACAAAAUAUGAUCACUGCUAUCUAGAAUGGUUUUGCAACUUCUGGUACACCAAACUUCUGAACUUUGCCCUAUUUAAAUGUAUUGAUGUUCAAAUAAAAGUGCCUUUUCAUCAAUGGAAA